AUGUCGUCCGCCUCAAAUAGCCAGAACCAGACUGUGAGCUUUGGGAACGACUCACCGGUAAGCUUCUAUUCCUCGUCCUCUGUUUCGAUUUCACCUCCCCCGAGCCCUAGAAAAACCACCAAAACCCUUGCCCAAACCAAACCCACACACGGCGGAGCUACCUCUUCCCAGCGGCCGUCUGUUUCGAAACCUUCCACAGUACCUAUAAAACUCCCUUUCAAAGCCUCCAAAGCCAUCGUUACCCCUCCAGCUAAGACCCCUCAACCUAAACCUAAAACCCCUCAACCAAAACCCAAAACUACCCCCAAGCCAAGGGCCAAAACACCUGCAAAACCAAGGAUGUAUCCGUCAUCUAUGGCUGCCUUCAAACCCUACACCAAGCCUGCCCCACCACCAGUCAUUCCGAACAUCACUAUGGUGGGUGCAACACAUGACCCACUCCCAGCCUACCUCCACAACGUACCAUCACCAGCCAUGUGUCCACCACUUCUACUUUCGAUCCAACCCUUAGCCAACAUUUAUCCAGUGGAAUUCGACGCGUCGAGCCAAUCACCUCAUUUUGCCAUCAUCAUAUCCUCCCCUGGGACGCCUCAUACCCCAGUGGGCACCCCUCCAUUUACUCCACCCAUACCACCCUCUGACAGUCUUGUGUCAGAGCGCAAUCUUCAAGAGUUGGUAGAAUUGGCUCGACUGGACAAGUAA